AUGACAAUCGCUCCUUUUUACCUUACUUUGGGUAGUCUUAAUGAGAAAAAGAAUUCAAUAAUUAGAAUGUUCAUCUCGGAUAAGUGGAAGGCAAGCAAGUGUUCAAAGACAAGGGAUGGGAAAAACAUUGAAAAUAUUGUUUUGGGUAAAACGUUUUGGAAAAACAUUAUCGAUUGCUUGAGAGGUGCUUAUGCUCUUCUUCACGUGCUCCGUAUAGUGGAUUCAGAGGAAAAAUCAGCUAUGGGAUACAUGUAUUCUGAAAUUGAUCGUACUAAAGAAAAGAUUAAAAAUGCUUUUCAAAGUGUUAAAGCAAGUCCUAAUUUUAAGGUUGAGUAUGGUGUUAAGAAAGGACUUUAUGAUUGUUUGGAUAUACUUGUGGGAGAUUCUGCACUCAUUACAAUUAUUGAUAGUCAACUUGAAGAUUUCAAGGGUAAGGCUAAAUUUUUGGGUAGAGAUGUAGCCAAGAAUGCUUUCAAAACCAAAACCCCUUUACAAUGUUCAUCGGAAUGUGACCGCAAUUGGAGUGCUUUUGAGAUGGUUCACACGAAAAGGAGAAAUCGUUUGAAGACAAGCACUAUGAAUGACAUUGUUUUUGUGAUGACCGAUUCAAGAUUGGCAAGGAAGAAGCCAUCAAGAAACAAUGCUGACUAUAGUCUUGAAGACUUAGAUUCAGAUGUAGAAUGGAUUGUGGAAGAUAAAAAUAUAAUGAAAAAUUUGGAGGAGUUUGACACACAAAAUGAUGUAAACUUAGCCCCUCAAGAAGAUGAAGGUAAAGAUGGGAGUCCUUUGAUUGAUUUGGAGAUUCCUCUUCUUGAUGUUGAUGCUUUCAAUGAGCUUCUCAAUUUUUCUCUUAAUGAAAAUCAAAAUAUUGGAGAACAUGAUGAUCAUAAUGUUAAUGAAUUGUUCUAG